UUCACACUGUACUAAAACUGAUCCGAUUAGGAACAUUUCAUUUGAAGCUAAUUUCACGUCUACACAAUAUUCAAAGACCUCAUCCAGAGAACUUAAUGAGAACACACAUCUCCAGCAAUCACAUGAUGUUACAAAGAAAACAGUUGGUCGUUUUGUUAAGGCCUAUGUGUACCAUAGUUCGAAAUAACACAAACAUUUUGAAAGUAUUAGCGCCGAAAUAUUCCAUAAGCAUACCGUUCCUGGAGAUUCACUUUUCUUUUUCUAUAACGGUAAAUUGUUAAAUAAGGAAAAUUAACCAAUAAUAUCCGAUGACGGCAAUAUCCACAUCACUGUAAAAGGCGUUGGUGGUAUGAAUCGGGACAGCCUCCCACCACAAAUGGACAGCCAUCCAGACACGGACUCACAAAAUGAUGAAGAAGGUAUAUUGACAGAAAGGGAUGAAAUUGGCGUAGGCACCAAUAUGGCAUCACAUCCAAAAUCUGAGACAGAAAAGUGUUUGGAUUCCAAUGAGCAAAAGGAGGGAAAAUUGGAGGUAGACACGGACUUAAAAGAAGAAAUGGAAAGAUAUGAGCUAGUUCUAGCACAAAGGCGAUCGAAAUAUACCGAAAAGGCAGAACCGCUUGAAAAAGAGUCCGAACAUAUAACAGAGGAAAACGUGAAAGAACCGGAGCGGUUACCUUCAAAUAAGACAGAGAAAACGCACAACUUAUUGCACGAAAAUGAAAAGAAAUCUCCUGAACAAAACCGAGAUCUGACUUCGCAAAAAGAUGAAGAUGGAAACAAAUCAUUGAAAAACUUAAUACGUACCUUUGAACGAGAUCCUGAACCACAUGAAAAAAGGAAAAGCGAUUCAAGCAUCGAUAAGUCAUCAAACAUGCCUCAUCCAAGGCCUUACUCUGCCGGGAAAGGUGUUGCUGACAUGAAACAUGGUGGUUUCCUACAACUAACCAAAGAACAGUUGAGACAUGCUCAAGUAAACAAAUCAGACUCGGCAAUGCAAGGCGAAGAAGAUAAGAAAGCACGUGUAAGCGAAAUACGCCGUUCCUUUGAACAACCACAUAUUUCACAGCCAGUUGGUAGCAGUCAGUCUCCUACCGAUCCUUCCGGUGAUUCACAAACCCAAAACUACGAAAACAUGAUGUUAGACGAUGAGCUUCGAAUUGCAUUGAUUGGUAAGACGGGGUCUGGAAAAAGUGCAACAGCCAACACUAUACUUGGAGCAAAUGUCUUUGAAUCUCAGGCUGCUGGAAGUUCCGUGACAUUCAAAUGUCAGUCUGCACAAGCUUCUAGAUUCGGGAGGAGGAUCUAUAUAGUCGAUACACCUGGAACAUGCGAUACUACUGUUAAAAGGGAGGACACAAUUGAAGAGGUCAGACGUCUUGUCAACAUGACGGUACCAGGUCCCCAUGCUAUUAUUCUUGUAGUUGGUAUAGGGAGAUUUACAGAGGAAGAAAAACAAGCUGUUUCAGAUUUGUCUAAACUGUUUGGUAAAGCCAUGUAUAAAUACCUUAUUGUGGUAUUUACGCGGUUGGAUGACUUGGAACAUGAUCAACAAAGUUUAGCAAAAUAUAUCGAGGGAAGCCCAGAAGCUCUGAAAAAACUGCUGAAUAAAUGCGAUAAUCGGUAUAUCGGUUUUAACAAUCGUGCUUCGCCGGAUAUAAGAGAAAAACAAGCUAAAGCAUUAAUCAAAAUGAUAAAUAAAUGCAACGCUGACAAUGGUGGGUCCCAUUACUCCAACGAUAUGUAUCGGAAAGCCAUGAAAGAAUUCAGAAAGACUGCAUUGCAAAGUCAAAAGAAAGAGAAAGAGGAAAACGUCAGGCGCGAAAUGCAGACAAACCUCCGCAAAACGCAAGAAGAGCUAGAAGACGAAAAUCGGCGUUUGAGACGUGAGCAACAGGAAGCAAAAGACCGUGCUGAGAGGACUCGAAAUGAGCUUGUCGAACUGGUAAAUGAAAAGAAGCGCAAUAGUAAGCUUAUGGAAGAAAGAGAAGGCGAAGAAGAGUAUUGUGAUAUGAAAGAGCUGAUAGAAAAGACACAGGCAAAAUUAUCAAAGCAAAUGAGUGAAGGCUGCUCAGAAGAAAACAAGAUAAAGCAGAAUUAUGUAGAAAAGCAUCAAUCGUUAUUACAAAAACAAAAAGCCUUUGAAUUAGCUCGCUUGGAACAAGAAGAAUUAUAUGACAAAUUCGUGCAGGAUGCGAAGAAAAGAGAACAGGAACUUGAAGAGAAGUUGAAUCGAGUAAAGGAACAAAAUGAAAAGGAGCAUAAUGAAAUACUGAAAUUUCGAAAGAAAAAUGAAAUGGAAAACGUUAAAAAGAAAUCAGUCUGUUCGAUACUGUAAAUGAAUCUAAAUGGACACUUACGGUCUCUCAUACUCAUUUAUAUGAAGUGUUAUUUUUUGUGAUGUCGAUGUCUAAAUUGUUUUACAAAUAUCAUCCUUCAAAUCAUUCGCCUAAUUGAUAGGCAUGCAUUGUAGCUCCGAUACCUUCUACGUUCAGAGGAAGUGUAAGUCAGUCAUUCGACAGUCGUCCUCAGUUGCCGUAUUUGUAAAGUCAGAGUGGUAAAGUAACUGGGAACUCUACAUUAGUAGGCAAAGAUAUGAAACGUAAAAUCAAUAAAUCAAUACAUAUGAAUGUGUAAGUGAAUUUAAACGGAUUAGUCGAAUUUGAAUUUUUUUCUAAUUCUCAAAACUUACCAAAAUGAAGUUCUUGGUGCCGCAUUUUGAGAUCCUGCGGUAUUUCAGGUCUUUUCGUGCUGAAAUCAUUCCGCAUAUUUUCAUGCGCUUAUUCAUCAUUAUGGUUACCUGUUUAAAUUCAGUUAGACGCUUAUUUCUUAAUUCGUGAAAAGAAAUUGUUCAUGGUAAUAUGUAUAUUUGUAUAGAUGAUAACUAAAUUAAAUCCACCUAAGAAUCUCUUAUUUUUAAUGACUUCAUUGUUGACGUUGUGUCAUACAAAUAUUAUCAUUGAAUUGUUUAAUAAUAUGUUGCCUUAUCAAAGUUUCUAUCUAGAAUAUAUCAGCCCAAAAUCUUUGGCCUUUUACUUUAACAUGGUAUAUGAUUAGGAACCUACCGUUACGUUUCAAAAACAACACAAUGUUUGAUUCGUGAAAAAUGGACACGAAACCAAAGACAUCAGACUCCUAUAAUUCGGUCUUAAAAUGGACUCGGAAUGAUUCACAAUAUUAAGUUUGAAAACACGUCAUUUCAUAAAACGAAACAUCGAGAAAGUGCGAACAUCAUAGCAACUUUCGUUUCAGAUCUCACAUGUAAGCCGAGAGCGAUGACCCCGUUUCAAUGUCUUAGAUAUGUGACGUCACAAAUUCAACGCGGUCGACUCAGCCCUAUCAUACUCUUUCUAAUAAUAGGGCGAUGUCCCAUAAUAUGUUCGGCCUAUCAUGUGAUUAAACAAAGUUUCGAUCUUCUUUUCAUUGCGAUAUAUGCAUAGAUGCAUAGAAGUUAUUCGUACACAGACACUUAUUUUAACACUAAGUGUUUGUUUCUAAGUGUUGUGUAUAGGGAUGUCGGAACACACAUGCAGAUAAUGCCAAUUACAUGCAUUUCCGUUGCAGUUGUCUGUGUUUGAAAAUAUUAAGUCAAAUUAGGGAAAGUGGAAAAGACCUAAAAGAUGUUCCUAUUGUAUUUAAAACACUUCUUUACAAGUCCUGUUAAAACGACAGUCAUUCCAGCUUCCCCCAGUCCAUCAUUCUGUAUACUACUCGUCCAGCCCUGGACUCCUUGUGUAUCUAUAUAGCUUCAAAGACAUUUAUAUGAUAUUACCAGAGACCCGUGAAGUACGAAAAAUAAUACUUUUCCAUCAAACGUCUAGUACUUGGGGUAAAGGUGUUCUUGUUUUUCAGCAGAUUCAUUUGCAAAGGGUAAUUUUAUAUGUAUUAUAUACGUGUAUAUAUUUGUUUUUCAGUUUCUUUUUGCACACAGGAAACUGAUAAUAACAGAUAACGAUAAACUAAUGUCACGUCGCA